GAUCCACUUAUCAUAUUCCCCACUAGCUUCGAACAAUUACAUAUUCCAUAAUUCUUAUUACACAUUAUUCUUAGCUUUAUAGUUUCAGAGCUCAAAGCUCUUCAACAAUGGCUGAUGAAGUGAUUUUGCUGGAUUUCUGGCCCAGUAUGUUUGGAAUGAGAGUGAGAGUAGCUCUGGCUGAGAAAGGGAUCAAGUACGAGUACAGGGAAGAGGAUUUGAGGAACAAAAGCCAAUUGCUUCUGAAAAUGAACCCGGUUCACAAGAAAAUCCCGGUUCUUAUUCACAAUGGAAAACCCAUCUGUGAAUCUUUGAUUAUUGUGCAGUAUAUUGAUGAGGUUUGGAAUGAUAGAGCUCCAAUCUUGCCCUCUGAUCCUUACCAGAGAGCUCAGGCCAGGUUCUGGGCUGACUUUGUUGACAAAAAGGUGCAUGAUGCAGGGAGGAAGAUAUGGACCACAAAAGGAGAAGAAAAAGAGGCAGCAAAGAAAGAGUUCAUUGAUGUAUUAAAGGUUUUAGAAGAACAACUUGGAGAUAAGCCAUAUUUUGGUGGUGACCAUUUUGGGUUUGUGGACAUUUCUCUAAUUACAUACUAUAGCUGGUUUAGUGCAUACGAAAUUUUUGGGGAGUUUAGCAUUGAAGCCCAUUGCCCAAAGCUUAUAGCAUGGGCAAAGAGGUGUUUGCAGAAGAAGAGUGUUUCUGAAACUCUUCCUGAUGGGAAAAAGAUCCAUGGCUUUAUCAAUGAUAUGCGAAAGAAACUUGGAGUAGAGUAGAGAAAGGGCUUGCUUUAUGGCAUCUUUUAGAUAUACCCGAUGGAAGUCGUGUACUCAAGUUUAGCCUUUUGUUUUGUUUUGUUUUGUGUUUUUUUUGUUUUUUUUUUUUUGGGGGGUUUGUGCUUGGUGAUAUGUUGGGAGGUCAUGUGCUCAAGUUUAGCCUUUUAUUUUUUAUUUAUUUUCUUUUUUUCUUUUUUGGGUUUGUGGUUGGAGAUGUGUUUGAUCUAGUUGGACACUCUAUUGUGUCUGCUGGAUGCUAUAUAUGUAAAAGGGAUGUUGGUGUAUUGUAGUGAAUAAACAUGGGACACUUUCGUUGGCUCA